UCUGGCAAUUUAGUUUUAGCGGCAAUCAAACAAUUGCCUUGGGCUUCCAUUCCUGCUGUAAUGACGUCAGCUUGUAGACAGCAACACUCGUUAUUACGACCAACAGCCAAAUUCUUCUUUACUUUCCCAGGAGACUAAAAGUAAAUGAUAAGCUAUUAAUGGUAACGUUGACCUCAAACAUACACUUGAUGGAAUCUAACAACGUGGCCUACACCAACUACUCGAGACGCCUGAGUGGUCAACUUGCACAUCCUGAGUCCUGAUACCAGACUGUAGUGGCAGUAGUGUCGAUGUGUGCCAUUACGCGCCAAGCCGUCAUUAGUUUAUUUAUUUAUUUUUAUUACAAAUACUUAGUUAUCAAUAACUUUUUGUUUACUUUUAUAGCGUCAAAAGCUGUAAACUUCAAAGACUAAGGGCUGAGUAAAGGUAGAACAAACAACGAUUCUGUGCCUCAUUGAACUACUCAGCUUAACUAGCAUUCAGAUUUCAGAUGUACAAUUUUCAGGCUUUGAAACAAAUUGUGAGAUGAACUUACUGUUCUUCAAUCUGCAGUUACACUGUUUUCAUAUUUGCAGGACAUGAAUUUCACACACGUUUUGUCAUUUUAUCCAAAACAUGCUCAUUAUUAGCCCCUUUUUACGGGAGUAGUAAUAUUCUUCUUUAUUACAUUCUGUAUGUUUAUAGACUCCCUCGUAUGCUAACAGCCUAGGCACCUGAGACAGAAAAGCGCUGCCAUUAGUGGAAAGCACAGAGUCAACCAAAUGAUGUUUCAAAAGAUAGUGGAUGACAUGCAUCUUCUCAGCUGUGUUACAUUCAUCAUCAACCUUAUGCAUUAAAGUUAAUCUGAAUGAUCAUUUCAAAGCAGUCUGGUUACAGAUAAGGCAGCCCAGCACCAAUCAGAGGAUUUUUGCCAAGCAGCUUGCAUAAAUCCAUGAUGACAGGUGGAUUUGAUCACAAUGAUCUUAUUGGGAGAAGUGCAUCUGGUUCAGUGUUUCUUGGUACAUUUGAACAUAAAAAGUUGAUUCAGAAGAACUAAGCUAAUCAAUGGCAGUGUUAUCAAUUUCGUCAACAAACAGGCGUUUCUGAUACAGGAACAUUUUGCUUGUGGAGCGCCUCUUUGAACCGCCCCUUUCUGAAUUCGAAUGACUCCAAAAAUAACAGUAGACCCGGAAUACAUCCAUUCCAAGAACUCAAUUAAGCGAGACUUUCCAGAAACAUUUAUGUACGGGGAACGUGGAUGCUGACGAUAGCCAGAUGACAUAUACGACGCGAUUGGCCCAAUAAUUACAGAAAUUGUUAGAGGAGUGGCAGGGGACCGUCGCCGGUAAUGAGCGUCCCACACCUACGCCGCGCAUAAUCAGCGUGUUAUUGAAAUCAAGUUACGCUGUUAUGUGAUCGACAUUUCGAAAUCGCGGCAAAGAUAGCUAUCCUUAUCUACAUACACUAUUUGGUACUGGUUGCAGCUCCCCAACUUGGUUGAAACUGUGAAUUGUGACGAGCGCAUCUCUUCGUGAUGCGACCCGUUUGUUGAUUGAUCGUCAUCAUCAGUAAUCUCUAACAAGGUAAGGAAGCUAAUCUUAUUUAGUAACCCCAACUGCUCGCGAACAAACUCAAAUCAAGUCACGCGGUGGGGGAGGGGGCACAAAGCACAAAGAAUCACGCAAUAAACCGGUGACCAGCGUUGUGUUCUCUUUGCUAGUCUUUGCAACAGUAUUUUAGUUUUGGAUCGUCUUCAAAAGAGGACUGAAAUCCACCGGCGUCCAUCGAGAUAACGUUAUCUUCUAUUGGCAUUAUCUGCCAAGAUAAAAGUCUUUAGCCUCGACAAAAGUGAGUUUCCAAGUUCCUCAUUUUGGUUAGAGAAACGGUCCGAUGAUUUGCGAAAUGACAUCCGAAAAAAAAGAAUAUGAUGGUCCAGGCUCUGGCUACAAUGACAACGUCACCCAAAGGGAAAAUGAAUCUGUGGGGCGUUUAGUUGAAACUAAACCCGAAGAAUUCUCUGAAUCCCUCUACAUCAAGAGACGAGGAAAAUUUGCAUUUGGCAAAUCUUGUAAUUUGCAUGAACGUUUCAUAGCUGAUCUAGAAGAGCGUUUGGGAUGCACUAAGGGAAAACUAAAUGAGGAAUUCAAAAUCACAUCCCAGGGCCAAAUCGAGUGGUUGGUCGACGACAAGCGCCGCAGACAAAUUUGGGAAAACAUAACAAAAAUGAGCGACCCAACUUCAGGCGAAAUUUAUGAAGAGAGCCAUUUGAUUCAGUUUGACAAGGAGCAUCCGGUUGUUAUCAUAUGCGGAGUGGCUGGAACAGGCAAAUCGACUCUCCUCUCCCACUUCUACAGUGAAAUAAAGAAGAAGAAGCCUGACUGUUGGGUUAUCAGAGUGAAUUUAGUUAAACAUUCUGACGCCAUAUUGAAACUCGAUAGAAGCACACCUGAUUUGAUUGGAUUCCUCAUCAAAUAUCUUCACGUUGUUGACAGUGAAAGUCCGUUUUCUUGCUCGUUGCUGACUAACCGGUUGGAGACGGGCGAGCAGAUCGUUUUCAUGUUAGAUGGCUACGAUGAAAUCGGUGAAAAAUGCCAAGAUAUUGCGAUUCAAAUGAUGAAAUUCAUUCAAAAGAAGGGCAUUCAACUGUACGUCACUACCCGCUCCCACGUGGCCCACCAUUUGCAAUACGAAUUAGGUCAGUUGGCUUAUUAUUUGGAAAACUUUAACGAAGAGGACCAGAUCGAUUGCCUGACCAAGUAUUGGAAGAAAGAAUUGAAACUGCCAGAUAGAGUGCAAGAUGGUGUGCAAGAAAUGAAGAUGAAGAAGAUUGACGAAUUUGCCAAAUGGCUAGUGAAUGAGGUGUCGAAGACUCUGAAAGACGACAAAAGAGCUCUCAUCGGAAUUCCUUUGCUAUGCAGAAUUCUUGCCGAGUGCUACCAGCAAAAUGUUGACGAAAUUGUGCAAAGCACAGGGGAUGUAAUUCGACAAUCUGAGCAACCGGGUCUGUUUGACAAAGAGAAAUUCGAUUUAGUAAGUCUGUACAACAAAUUGAUGGAAACAAAACGCAAAAUAUUUCUAGUAGAAAAAACCAACACUUCCAAAUCCGAUGAGAUGAAGGAUCACGCGUUUGAGAUUUUGCGGAAGAAAGUCGAAUCGCGUUUAACUAAAUUGGCAUUGGAAACCAUCAUCACAGAACCAAAUAUCCUCGAAAUGUUGUGGCCAACGAAAUCUUCGCACAAAUCCAGUUAUGAUGUGGCUCAAGAAGAAAGUAUUCUUGCAAAAAACACGCUGAAAUUUGGGUUAACGUUUUCUAAUAGCGACGGAAUGCGACAGAAAUUCAUGCAUCGGACGUUUGCCGAGUAUUUUGUCGCCAAAUAUCUUUACGAAGGAUUUCAUCCCGAUGACGAACGUCACAACAAACUGUUGGAAAAAGAACCCAUUCGAAACUUGAUUCUGAACAAAAUCUUGGCCUCAAAGCAAUACGACGGAGUUCAAGUGUUUUUCGAUGGCAUGGUGAAGACUUUGGUCGAUGAUAUGGACGAGAAUAAAAAUUGGCGUGAUAAAAUCGAUAAUCGUCAAUUACCGUAUCGACUCAAGAAAUUUACUGAAAAUCUUUUAAAAACGGAUAAAAAAUUUUUGGUCACCAAUGCCUUCUUUUCCUCGGUUUCGAAUGGGAAAGACAACAUAUUUUUAUUGUUGUGUGACUGUCUCGUUGGACACAAAAAUAAUAAAAACAAUAUCGUAAAAAUUUUGGGAUUUUUGAUUUGCCAUGACCACUAUCGUAGUCAUCUGGAUAGAUUUCUGCAGUUUCUGUCCAAAUCGAAAGCUUAUUCGGACGAUUUGAACUUCAUCAAUUUGUUAAUUGAAGUUUUCCGGUCUAAAGAACAAAUGAUGAAUGGAGGGCAAAUCGCCAAUACUCUGAAGAUUUUACACGAUCUAAAACUGUCUACUGUUCUCGCCCAACUUUACACCGUUGUUUUAUCAAAAGAGCCGGAAGCAUUUCAGAAUAUUUACCAACCGUGUCGAAUAGAGGAAGAGGACGCCAUCCCGACUGACCUCGACAUUCUUUUGAAAAGGGAUGACUAUGGCAUGACUCUUCUUCACGGAGCAGCCUUCUACGGAGACGUCGACAUAGUCGACCAAAUAUUAGCAAGAUUUCGUCAGCCGAAACUCGACGAUGGAGCUAAACAACAAGUGAACAAGGUGCUGCUUGAGGCCAACACUCCGUUUUACUUUGCCGCUGCUAAAAAUCACGAGGAAGUCUGUUCCAAACUGUUGGCCUUUGUCAAAGACAUAUUUCCCAACGCACUGAUGGGCGAGCUAACUGAGUUAAACGGGCCCAUUUACCGGUCACUAGAGCACGCCCUGGAAUCGCACAAUGUAGAAAUAUUUCAACUGGUAUUGGAGGUCGUCAAGGAAAAAUUAGGACAUGCUUGUCUAGUUGACCUGGUAACAACCACACCUACAUUUUCAACGGAACCUAUCUUCUGCAUAGGAUCGAGGUCGGAAAAUAUAUUCAACGCCAUGGUGAAGAUCGUCGUCGAUCGAGAUGGUGUUGUAGACUACAAAAUUCUGCAUGACCUGAUUUUCUACCAAGACUUAAGAUUCAACAAUUUAAUACUAACGGGUGAUUUACUAAACAUGGAUGCCGAAAAUCUGCAGGGGUUGUUAUCUGUAGAAGGCGCUGGUCCCUUCACCAAGCGUUUGCUUAUGGUUGACAUACCCUGGAAUUUUCAUAUGCUGUCAAGUUUUUUGAGGCAUUUUAACGAAGCACAACUCUUGGAUUUCGUGAAAAUAAUCACUCUUGAAGAUUUUUGGGGACGUUUUCUACGAUCGGCAGAAAUUUCUUUUUCUCUUUGUUUGACGUCUCUAGAAGACGUCAAAACCAUUUUCGAAUGUUUGACUCAAAAAAUCGUGUUAGAUAAACAACGAGGGGACUGCGCUAAGCAACUUUUGCUCCACGAAGACGAUCAGGGCUACGUUGUUCUUCAUCUGCCACAAAAAAUAGUCCAGACCGUGUUGAAAUGUUUACCAGAAAAAAGCCAAGAGGAAAUUAAAAAGGAGUGGAAAGAAAAGGCUGAACCAAUGACACACGACUCGUUCAUCAACCACGAUUCUAGGAGAAAGUUACCUAAUCCCUCAAUCGCCAAACAUUACAGUAACAUCUUACGAUUUUACUUGGAUUAUGGCAGCAAAGAAGUGCAACUCAGCGGAUGCGUCAAUAUUCUCACAUCGGCUCGUUUGAUUGAUGGGCAAGAGCGCUGUGUAUGGAGUUACAUCUUUGAACAUUGUGAGGUGGCGGAGACAAACGAAAUAUUAAAAAUUAUUUCGGUAAUUUUCGGUUGGGAGGCCGUGAAAAAGUUGCUGACCCACGAGAUGGAUGGAUUUCCUCUCUUAAUGAAAGCUAUGUCUUGGGGAGAUGACAUUGGCGGGCGGCUGGACAUGUUGCCGGAAGAAAUGCGAAAUGAGAUGCAACAAGUUAUUGAACAAAAAGCUGCCGAAUUCAUUGAGGAAGUGCUUCAACAUCACAAAACCUAUUUUGGAGGACCAGGAGAUUCAAUUUACAAACGAUUAAACACUUUGAGAUUUUUAAUCAAAUACUGCGAUGCUCAGCAACUUGAACAAUUCGUGGAAAACAUCACGACGUUGCAGGUUUCCACGACAACGGAGAAGACGCUUAGCAUAUGGGCUGAGAUGCUUCUUCACCUAUGUGACGAAGCCGGGACGAACAACGUUGCGAAAAUGAACACAUUUUUUAAAUGCGUCUCGGAGAAACUGGACAGAAAUGCCGUGAAAGAAUUGGUGCUCCACGAAAUCGAUGGUAUUCCCGUCAUAUUUUAUCCUAUGGCAAGAGGGGGAGAGAAGAUGGCUGAGGCAAUGCUCGCCGAUUUGGAUGCCAUCGAUCGCGAAAAUAUUCUAAAUGGAAUCAACAAUUUUUUGUCCUUCACUUACGAUUGUUGAACACUAUCCGAACGUCACGAUCGUCACACCCUCUUCUGGAAGAGAAAAGUUCAGGUGGACAAGGAGGUAGAAAAGCAGUUAGCCUUGUCCUUUCUGGCACAGUGCACUCGUGAACGUAAGGGUGUGAAGGUAAUGUAGGAGAAAGUAUUGAAUCUUUUCUAACCGAUGUCUUAAACCACCAAUCGGUUAUCAUGAUGAAUCAAUACAAGUGAGUUUGGCUUUGGCUAAACGAUUGGUACAUCUCAUUUUCGAAACGUUUCUGAAUGAACUUUAUCCAAUCUUUCUUUAGCUCACGAAUACAACUCAGGACACCCAACAGAGAACACACGAACCAUCCCGGUGUGGCCUACCACUUGGCGUCAGGGAGACUUUUUGGCUGCCGCGAAUUAUUGCUGGAUA